GAUUUUCACAUUGAUUAAUGUGGGGACACCAGCCACAAUGAGGAACUCCUGCACAUUUCUGGCAUCCAUUCUGUCGAUUGUCAUUUUUCUCCUGCUAAUUCCUGAAGAUUUCUGUGCUAAAAUCAUUGGAGGAAAUCAAGUGCAUCCUCAUUCAAGACCAUACAUGGUCUUUAUUAAAGGAAAAGAAACAUGUGGUGGGGCUUUGAUUGCAAAAAACUGGGUGUUGACUGCAGCUCACUGUAACCUGGACAAAGGAACCCAGGUCAUUCUUGGAGCUCACGCAAUAGGCAAAACUGAGCCAGAAAACCAAAUUAUGUCCAUUAAGAAACAGAUUCCCUAUCCAUGCUAUGACCCAGACACACAUGAGAGUGAUCUUAAACUUGUACUGCUGAAUAAACAAGCAAAACUUAAUAAAAAUGUGGCAAUCCUUCCGCUACCUAAAAAAGGGGAGGAUGUGAAGCCAGGAACAGUGUGUCGAGUUGCAGGGUGGGGGAAGGUUCACAAUAAUUCACCUCAGCCUUCAGAUACUCUGAGAGAAGUCAAUAUCACUGUCAUAGACAGAAAAACCUGCAAUGAUCAAAAGCACUAUAACUAUAAUCCUGUGAUUGGACUGAAUAUGAUUUGUGCCGGAAGCCCCAAAGGUGGAAAAGACACAUGUAAUGGAGAUUCUGGAAGCCCUUUGAUAUGUGACGGUAUUUUCAGAGGAAUCACUUCCUUUGGCCUUCCAAAGAAAUGUGGAGACCCUCAAGGACCUGGUGUCUAUGUUCUUCUCUCACAGAAAUACCUCACAUGGAUAACUAAGACUACCAAAGGGAAAGCUUGGAUAACUAAGAAUAUCAAUGGGACAGCUUAGAUAACUAUCUCAUUUACUGUCAUUUCUUAAUUUUACUAUAAAUAAAAUCAAUUUGUAUGACUAUA